AUGUGUGCAAAACGAAUCGCUGUAUGUCAAAUGACGUCUGUAGCUGAUAAAAGCCAGAAUCUUGAAGUGAUCUCGCAAAUUAUCAGUGACGCUGUAAAGGACAAUGUACAGAUUAUAUUCUUUCCCGAAGCCUGUGAUUUCAUCUGUGAUAAUAAAAAGGAAACAUUAAGUUCAGCAGAACCAUUAUUGACUGGCAAUAUUGUAAAGAACUACAAGGACCUAGCUUCAAAAUAUAAUGUGUGGUUGUCUAUGGGUGGUGUGCAUGAAAAGGAUGAAUCAGAUCCAACAAAAAUGUUCAAUACCCACAUCAUUAUAAGCAAUAAAGGGGAAAUAGUACAGACAUACAGGAAACUCCAUUUGUUUGACGUUGAAAUACCUGAGAAGAAUAUACGGUUGAAGGAGAGUGAUUUUUGUAAUCCUGGCAGUCAUAUUGUUUCACCUGUGGACAGUCCUGUUGGGAAAAUAGGUUUAUCAAUAUGCUACGACAUGCGGUUUCCCGAGCUGAGCACGUCUCUUAGUAUUCUGAAUUCUGAGAUUCUGACCUUCCCGUCGGCCUUCACUCACGCAACUGGGGCGGCACAUUGGCAUAUUUUGCUGAGAGCGAGAGCAAUAGAAAAUCAAUGCUUUGUGGUCGCCGCAGCUCAAACGGGGCAACACAAUGCAAAGAGACGUUCAUACGGGCACGCGCUCUGUGUAAGCCCCUGGGGCGAAGUCCUAGCCGACUGCGGGGAAGACUCCCCGUGCUAUAAGGUUGUGGAAAUUGGGGAUUCAAUUAAAGAAGUUAGGAGAAACAUGCCUGUGUUUCAACAUAGAAGGCCAGACGUCUAUUCCCUCUACGCUUUGAGUCUCCGCAAAAGCCUUCUACCGGAACACACACCCAGGCAGGCGUCCAACGAUAGCCAGAGCCCUGAAUCGGCUAAAGCAGAACCGAUGAAUGUGUUUGGACACGUCCGAGUCCCGGACAGCUGUGUCUUUUAUAAAUCUAAGUUGACGUAUGCAUUUGUUAAUUUGAGGUGUGUAACGCCGGGUCAUGUACUAAUCGCACCGUUACGAAUGGCUGAAAGAAAUCGAGACCUCACCGAGGAAGAAGCUGAAGACUUCUAUCGGACUAUCCGACUUGUACAAAAGUUAAUGGAGAAAGUACAUAGUACCCAAUCUUGCACUGUGACCAUUCAGGAUGGACCUGAUGCUGGGCAGACAGUGAAACAUCUUCACUGCCAUAUAUUACCAAGGAAAAAAGGAGAUUUCAUUGACAAUGAUCUUAUCUACUUGGAGCUUGCGAAACACGAUCAAUUUACGUCAAAACACCCAGCGAAGCCGGCACGGAGUCUUCAAGAGAUGCGAAGCGAGGCGGCCAUGUUGCGAGAGGAGCUCCGAAAAUUGUCAGAGCAGGAUAGAUAG